UUUUUCGCUUCGAAAACACUGCGGGUCACGUGUGUCCCCUGGAAGCUUCCGUAGCUAGUCACAUGAGUCCGCAGAUUGUUUGUUUGUAGUGAGCAGCUGAUUUGGCCGAAAAUACUGUCAGAGAGAUGAUUUUAUGAACAUUUCCGAUCAUCGACGGUCAUUUGACUCGUUUAUAUGCUCUAACUGAAGAGUUUUGGAUCUAAAGCAGAACCGGCUCGGAACUGAUACAUUGUAUCAGACGCGACGCGUGACGCGUUCUGUCAAACAAGACGUGCUAUAAUGUUUCGGUUCGUCACAGAUGGAAAUAUAUUCCAAUAGAGAGUGAGCUGACGCGACUGAUUUAGUGUUUUAAUAAAGACUCCUCACAUCAGGAAUAUCAACAGAACGCACCGCGCGUCUCUGCCAGCCGGUUUCGCAACAUGCAGCUACACUGAUUUGUCUUGUGAUUUAUUUGCACACAAAAUCCAUUCGUUUGCAUGUAAAGUCAGAUGCUUUUUUAAAAGACCAACAUGCUGCGGUGGAUUCUGGGAGGUCGGGAAGCGCAGGGAACUGUGGAGAAGAGCGCGGCUCUGUUCAUUGGGGAGGAACAGCCCAAAAACUGUUUCACGGAGAUGCAGGUGCUGAAAGGACACUUUGACAUUGUUCGAUUUCUGGUGCAGGUUGAUGACUUAAGGUUUGCGUCUGCAGGUGACGACGGCCUGGUGCUCAUUUGGAAUGUUGAGACUGGAGACUCUUUGAUUGAGUUGCGCGGUCAUACGCAGCAAAUCACUGCAAUGAUAUCAUACACCUUCAUCAGAGGAGGAAACGCACACACGGCGCUCAUUACCGCUUCAUCAGACCGCACGCUCAGUUUAUGGGAUCCAGAUUCAGGAAACCGAGUGCAGAACAUAUCUGAUCUCCAGUCCCCAGUGAAGUGUUUGCUGGUGUUGGUUCGUUUGGAUGUGUGGCUCUCGGGUGGAAAUGAACUGUGUGUUUGGAACAGAGACUUUGAGCUGCAGUGUAAAACGGUUCAUCACAGCGAUGCAGGCAUCUCAGCCAUGGUGGAGUUACCAAAGAACUUCAUUGCAGCUGCCAUGGAUAAAGAAAUUGUGAUAUUUAAGUUGAACCUGUCUGGAUCAGACAUUGUGGUUAUGGCCAUGCGUCAUCUAGCUGACCAUCAGGACACCAUCCAUUCUCUCAUCCACAUCAACGAUGGCUUGUUUGCGAGCGGCUCUCAUAUCGGUGAGCUCAUCAUCUGGGAUUCAGUGGAUUGGACGAUCCAGGCAUAUGAGCACAUUCUGUGGGAGGAGCCAGCGAGAGACGGCCAAUCAGAGUUCAAACUGAAUCACCAGAAACAGAUCGAGAGGUCCAUUCAGCACAUGAGCUCAGAUGGGGAGUAUAUAGUGGCGGCUGUAGGCAGUGGUCUGUAUGUUUAUAAUGUGCUGAUGAAGAGUGUGGUGGCAUACAGGAGGAUCGCCCAUGAUUCAAAUGUCUUACACACCGUGCUUCAGCAGGACGGGCGCUUGAUGUCGUGCUCUGAGGACGGGAGUGUGAGGAUGUGGGAGUUACAGGACCUCCCCCUGCCCGCUGAACCCGCCUCCUCAGGGUUUUUUGGGAUGUUCGGCACUUUUGGCAGGUCCAGUAAGCAGACAGGUCCUCCUGCCAAGAAAAUCCCAGAAGUCCCUGGUCUGCGCUCGCUGGAACUGAUCGGCGAUCUGAUUGGUCACUCUGGAGCUGUGCAGAUGUUUCUGAGUUUCAAGGAGAAGGGUCUGGUCACCUGCUCCACCGAUCACCUGCUCAUCAUCUGGAAGGAUGGAGAGUUCCAGUCUCAGCUCCGCAGUCUCGCCGUCUUCCAGAAACUCGAGGAAAACCAGGAACUGUGAUCUGAUCUUCAAAGCCUUUUUUCCCCAUCAUCAUCUCUGAAGCUCAAAAUGUUUGAAAUAUGAACACAUUUCUUUGCCUUACUAACCAUCUGCUAAGCUUUGUCACAUCAGUGUUUUAACGUCACGUUGUUUUGGUAUGAUAAAAUGCUUAUGACGUUGUGAUUUUAAUUAGAAGGUUUUAUAAAAUCAGUAUCUUAUAGUAAACAUCUGUAACAAUGUAUAUAUUGUGAUUGAUGUGUUUUUAUGUUAUUUUAAAACUGAAUUUUGAAAAGUGCAAUGAUAACGCUUUACAGUAAAGUCUCAUUUGUUAUAAAUACAGUUGUUAG